AUGGGCGAAAAUAACGCAAGUACAAAAACCCCUAGUCCGUCGAUCGACUUUGUGGCUGGCGUCAUUGCUGGCGCCGCCGGGCUCAUCGUCGGCCAGCCCUUCGACGUCGUCAAGGUCCGGUACCAGACCCCGUCGUUCAAUGGGAAAUACACCAGCAUCCACCAGGCGUUCCGUGCUAUCCUGCGCGAAGAAGGGAUUAGGGGAAUGUUCAAGGGAGUCAUGUCGCCGAUGGCCGGCAUUGCCGGGGUUAACGGCAUUGUGUUCUCGUCGUACCAGUUCUUCAUGAACGCGCAGAUCCCCAAGGAAGGAGUCAACCCUACGCUGGGGCAGAUCUGCCUCGCCGGAGCGGGAAGUGGUGUCCUUGCCGCCACAUUGACAUGUCCCAUUGAGCUGAUCAAGAUCCGGCAGCAGUCCCUUCCUCCGAACUUGAACCCGAACGUGUUCACCGUCACCCUCGGCAUCCUGCGUAAUGGCGGGUUGCGCGGCCUGUAUCGCGGGUACUCGGCGACCGUGAUUCGCGAGCUCGCGUACGGACCGUACUUCUGGGCGUACGAGGCCUCCUGCCGCUUCUUCAAAUGGCGCCGCCAUCUUCCGGAGCAGCCACCACACGGACACGGGUUGAUAGAUGAGGCCGAGGCUGAGCUGCACUCCGGGCUUAACUGGGCGGAGCUGAUGGCUGCCGGAGGCGUAGCGGGUGUGAUCGCGUGGGCGAUUACGUUCCCCUUCGACGUGUGGAAGACGCGGAUGCAGAGCGCGGACGAAAGUGCCAAGCCGCUCAGCCUGCGCCGCGUCAUGGUCGACAGUGUUCGACAGGAAGGGUGGCGUGUCAUGUUCCGUGGACUGUGGCCUUGUCUAGUCCGUGCCAUCCCUGCCAACAUGGUCACCUUCCUCGCUUUCGAAACGCUAGUUGCUCAUAUGGCCUAA